AUGGAGACAUUGGAAAAUCUGCUUUUUGAAGCAGCAGCUGAAGGAAAUAUAAAUUCUUUGAAGAAGCUGCUUCAAGAAGAUCCAAUAAUUCUUGAUAGAGUUAUAGUUAAUAGUUACUCUGAUAAUCCUUUGCACGUAGCAGCAAUAUUGGGACAUAUCGAUUUUGUGAAGGAAAUCUUAAGACGAAGACCUGAAAUUGCACGAGAAUUGAAUUUACGUCAAUCAUCGCCUCUCCAUUUGGCAUCCGCUAAAGGUCAUAUCGAGGUAGUUAGAGUGCUGUUAUCAGCUAAUCCUCUAAUGUGCCUAGCUCGUGAUAGAAAUGGUCUGACGCCUCUCCAUCUGGCAGCCAUCAAAGGCCGGAUUGAAGUCGUGAAAGAGUUGGUUCAUGCAAAACCUGAUGCAGCUCGAGUGAUCGUGACUCAAGGUAAGACUAUUCUGCAUUUGUGUGCGAAGUACUGUCAGAUUGAGGCCUUAAAGCUCUUAGUGAAUAAUAUUAGAGAUCAAGAUUUCACAAAUUGUAAAGAUAGUGUUGGAAAUACUAUUUUACACUUGGCAGUAGCUGACAAACAAGUUGAGGUAUGCCAAUAACUCUAUUUUCUUCAUUUUAUUUUUCAAGAAAUAACUGAGCUUUUUAUGUCAGCAGUUUAUAAAUAGACUUAACCAUUUGGUAGGAGGAUUUAGAAUCGAAAACAAAAGAGAAGCUAUAAUAUUCUUUUGUACAAUGUUAAAAUAUUGUAUACCAAACAUGUACUAAUUAUUUUGAAAUGUCUACAGACAGUU